CUGGCGAGGCUUCGGUUGUCGCUUUGGCGUCGGGACUGUUUUGGUGCAGUUGGCAAAAAUGUUAGAAGUGACAUUUACCUGUAAAAACAUCGACAGAAGCGUGCAUUCGUGAGUGUUUACGUAUUUUCCGGGUACGGGUGUAUAUACGGAAAAGUCUCUGCUCGUAGAAAUGUGCGCGUUUGUUCUCACUAGCAUUGCAUGCUACUGUUUUUAGCCCCAGCCAAAGCUGGCAUGGCGUGAAUUCCGCAAACCCAAAGAGCCAAUGUCAAGAACGCGUCGCGGUAGCUAACGUGAUAUUUUGAUACCGACCCGAGGUUAUUAUUAGCUAUGAACGUUACGCCCUUACGUCUACCUGUGCUGCUUUCGUUUUCUUCUGGACCCUACAGAUACAGUAGCACUUGGAAUCUGCCUCUCAACCCCCUGUUUGCAGCCGAAAUGGACGAACAGUCCCAGCACCCCUGAAAGAUCUGUAGCGGGGACACCAGCAACUUCAGUCCGCCACAUCCGGCCCCAGACCAACGCAAGAACCCGAACUCUGGCUCUCUUUCUUUUCUAUGACACAUCCAAUUUAUGCCCAGCUAGAUUCGGUAGAAUCGCUGUUGGACGAGCUCCCAUAUAUGUUUUAUCUGGGCCUGUUCUUUGUGAACGUCCUGAUCCUCUACUAUGCCUUUCUGAUGGAGUACAUCGUCCUGAAUGUGGGGAUAGUGUUUCUGCCCGAGGACAUGGACCAGGCGCUGGUGGACCUCGGGGUGCUGUCCGACCCGGCCUCUGUCCCCUAUGACACGGACACGGAGCUGGAUGUGUUUGAGGGGUAUCUUGAGUGACGGGGCAGUCCUGCGAAACUGAAAGUUGUGGAGGUGAUGAUGAUGAUGAUGACGAUGCUGAUGCUGAGAUCAGAUAGGGCCAGCCUGAAAACUCCCUGGUCAAUGAUGCGGGGAAAACCUGCCUCAAAGUGGAUGUUGUUGCUGCAUUUUUCUCACACAGACAUAUCAGUGAAAAAGCUGUCUCGGCUCAAGAGAAGGUAGCCCGACAAACGGAUUCAGCAUCGCCGGCCAUAUGAUCAACAAUUGUCCCGUGGGAGGAGCACUCUGCACUGGAUCAGCUGUCAGACAGUGUGUUGCCAUUCUAAACAAACUCGACUCCGGUCAGACACAGCGGGCCUUGCACCGGUAUCUGUGCCCCUCGCUGUGGACACAAGGAAAGAUAAAAAGGAUCCUGUGGAGGAAUAAUGAAUGUGAUCAGUGCAGCAUGAUUCAGCUCGUCUGCAUUCAGUCUGAACAAUCACCAAGGCUGUGCAAGAUCUGGAAGGAAGUGACUUGAAACGUCCCACUUCCGUCACGCUGUGAUGCCCUCAAGAGUAUGAAGAACCGGCAAAAGGUGUGAAAACAAUGUCCACCGUAGUCCUGUUGAAUACUUAGUCACUCAGAGAACAACUUGUUCCAACUGUUGACACAGAACACAUUGCUGGUCCGCAGGCUCACUCAUCGUUGAGGCUGCAAUUUCAAAAUGUAUCCCUGGAGGUCACUCACACUGUAUGUCAGCUUCAGGGAUGUACACAUUCUCAGGAGCGCAGUUAGAAAGCAGCGCACAUGUGAGACUUAACACAGACACUGGUCACCGGCUGUUAAUCUACACAAUAUAGGUGAGCCCUGAUUUCUUCAAGAUCCGUACCACACUCUUCACUCGAAUCCAUAAAGUAUUGAAUUAUCCAAGGAGAGUUAUUACCUUGAUUAAAUAUGUAUUCUUAUAAUCUAUAUCGAAUCAGUAAUUCGGAUCACACACAUACGGUACUAAAUUUUCCACUUCAGAGUUAAAGGGCCACUGGGUAGCUUUGGAGAAGAAAUUUAAGCUCAGAAUUGUGACAUUUACGACAUUAAUUAGCUAAUAAUACAAACUCCAUAACUGAAUAAACACGCUGUUCUCAGAGGAAGAUAAGGAGACACUGUUUAAAGCUAGAAAAGUGGCAGGGUCCGCCACAUAUAAACAAAGCAAAACUGCAUGAACUUGUGUUGUCCUUAAAGGGCAGUUUGUUUAUUCAGUCAUGAAACAGAGAGUUUGUUUAUUUAGUUUGUUCGGGCAUGGAAAAUCAGUCAGUGAAGAGUUCUCUUCUGAUCAAGACAUCUUUCUCAAAGCUACAUAGUGCACCUUUAACAGUAGUUAGCUGGCCACAGGUGUCACACUGUUAUCAGUAUGAGUUGUGUCAAAAGGCUGAAACCUCAUGAACGAGAACCUCAGAAUAAGUGCUUCAGAUAUUUGACUUUUUCGUCCUCUCUGUGUUGCAUCCAUGUUUGUUUUUACAGUGUAACAAAUGUGCAUUAGACAAAUAGGGGAAAAAAGGAAACGCAUGAUAUUGUUUGCGUGUUUUUACAAGAAAUGGGUUUAGUUGUCAGACCUCUUGUUUAUAGCACUUUCUUCUGUUUACUUCAUGAAUUUAUAAUUGAUUUCAUUAAAUGUUUAUUCCUUGCGGCAAUAAUAAAACUGGAUUCAAACAUUCAGUGGUUAAAUGAAUGAGCCUGUGCACUGAAUCCGGUAAUUCUUCCAUCCAGCUGUUCAGUUUGGUUGUGGAUGAGUAGAAGUGACUUUUUUAAAGGGACAGUUCACUUGAUUUACCACAUAUUUGUAAGCCUUGAAAGUACUGUGCAUACUGUAUGUCUGUGAAGAGCUAAUUAACUAAAUGUUGAUUACGGAAGCAAUACAGGGGAUCCAAUAUUUUCUCGUAGCAUACAGCACUGUCUAACGGAAUAGUGCAUAAUAAUCAUCGCAAUGUGGUUGUUGACCACCAAAACACCGAAGCUGUAGAGAAAAAAAACAAAAACAUUUCAUAAUAUCUGCACAUCCCAUACUCAAAUCAAGCUUUUGUCCAGAACUUCAUUGCCUGACUGGCACAUUUGUCCGCAAGACAACCUCUCACCAACACUUUGCCUACUCACCUCAAAUGGUACAUUAAAAGCAGCCAGAUAAGUGUCCACAGGCGUGAUGAAUCAAAAAGAAAAGGCCAUGCUGUGACUCAUAAACGGGGACUCAAGAAAUUAUUUUGUCAAACGCACUGACUUUUUCAGAGUUCAAGUAGUAUUAAUGAAUGAUGGCUGAUAACCAAAUUCCCUCAUCUUUUUUUUUUUUUUUUUUUGGUAAAAACAUUUAUAACAUCCAAUUGGGUUAUUCAUGUGUUUGUAUAAAUUGGUGGGUCCAUAAAGAAAUACAUUUUUUUUGGACACCUGAAAUGGCAUUUAAGAUCACAUGACAUUAAAGCUCAGGAUGCUAAUAAUCAUUCAAUCUCGUGUAACAAUGUUUGUGUGGAAUUUGAUCAAAAAGUCGCAGAAUCAAUGUCAGGUCAGAGCUUACUGUAGCCAGACGGCGAGUCGUUAAUAAAUAGUUAAGACAGGGUGUAAACCAGAAGAUUAAUGUCAGUAAGUUGGGUAAAUCAAUUGAAAAAGUUGUCAAUGCUGGAGAAGUUCCUAGUUUUGUACGAAAAACACUGUUUAUAAAUCACUGGUUUUGGCUGCAGGUAUAGAUUUGUGCCAUUCCCCAGGCAUGAUACCACACUGUGCUGAUCAACUCCGCUCAACGCAUCUCAGUUUAGUGGAAACCCUCGAGACUUGAGACUCUAAUAAUCAUCUCAUCAUCAUCAUCAUCAUACUGCUUGUGUCAUCCCUCCACAUGUACUUCUUUGCAGACAUGCACAUGCUACAAUAAGCUAUGGAAUCGUAACAGAGUUUUAUUUUCCAAUGUGUAUUUAAUAAACUUUGAGCGAAUGCCA